UCGCCCCAUGUGAACAGGCUUUGGAUUGCAACACAUGCAGCGGCGACUGAGAAAGAGAAGAGAAGCCGGUUUCUACGUCACAGCUGGGAGCCUGAGCCGCCUCCAUUGAGAUCAGACGCAGAGGGAGCGGUAGAGAAGCCGGCGAUAGGGCACAGCGCGGCUGUAGAGAGCAGGAGGAGAGAAGAUGGCGGACGACCCGAGUGCUGCAGAUAGGAACGUGGAGAUAUGGAAGAUCAAGAAGCUGAUCAAAAGCUUGGAAGCGGCCAGAGGCAAUGGCACCAGUAUGAUAUCGUUGAUCAUUCCUCCCAAAGACCAGAUUUCACGAGUGGCAAAGAUGUUGGCUGAUGAAUUUGGUACAGCAUCAAACAUCAAGUCUCGGGUGAACCGCCUUUCUGUACUUGGAGCAAUUACAUCUGUCCAGCAAAGGCUUAAACUGUACAAUAAAGUACCUCCCAAUGGGUUAGUUGUUUACUGUGGAACAAUAGUAACAGAAGAAGGAAAGGAAAAGAAAGUCAACAUUGAUUUUGAGCCUUUCAAACCAAUCAACACAUCUUUGUAUUUAUGUGACAACAAAUUUCAUACAGAGGCUCUCACAGCUCUGCUUUCUGAUGAUAGCAAGUUUGGAUUCAUUGUAAUAGAUGGCAGUGGAGCACUUUUUGGCACUCUUCAAGGAAAUACAAGAGAAGUUUUGCACAAAUUCACUGUUGAUCUCCCAAAGAAACAUGGUAGAGGAGGACAGUCUGCAUUGCGUUUUGCUCGUCUACGAAUGGAAAAACGGCACAACUAUGUAAGGAAAGUAGCCGAGACAGCAGUACAGCUGUUUAUUUCCGGUGAUAAAGUGAAUGUAGCUGGUCUUGUAUUGGCUGGAUCAGCUGACUUCAAAACUGAACUAAGUCAGUCAGACAUGUUUGAUCAGCGAUUGCAAUCCAAAGUUUUGAAGCUAGUAGAUAUCUCAUAUGGUGGUGAAAAUGGUUUCAAUCAAGCAAUUGAGUUGUCAACAGAAGUCCUUUCAAAUGUGAAAUUCAUUCAAGAAAAGAAACUAAUAGGGAGAUACUUUGAUGAGAUCAGCCAAGAUACUGGAAAAUAUUGUUUUGGUGUUGAAGAUACACUGAAAGCACUGGAAAUGGGUGCUGUUGAAAUUCUUAUAGUAUAUGAGAAUCUUGAUAUCAUGAGAUAUGUUUUACGAUGCAAUGGGUCUGAAGAGGACAAGAUUCUUUAUCUAACACCGGAACAAGAAAAGGAUAAAUCCCACUUCACUGACAAAGAGACUGGACAAGAGCAUGAAUUAAUAGAUAGCAUGCCACUACUAGAAUGGUUUGCUAAUAAUUACAAAAAAUUUGGAGCAACACUGGAGAUCGUUACAGAUAAAUCACAAGAAGGAUCUCAAUUUGUCAAAGGAUUUGGUGGGAUUGGAGGUAUCUUGCGGUACAGAGUAGAUUUCCAAGGAAUGGAAUACCAAGGAACAGAUGAUGAAUUUUUUGACCUGGAUGACUACUAGGUAGUCGACAUGGGUCUGGCGAAAUGUGCCUAACCCUCCAGCAUCCAACCCAAGCAGCAGUUUCCUGGUGAAAACCAAACAGAUCCCUGCCUUAGAAUUGGAACAUUUCCGGAACUUGGUCUAUAAGCAUUGGAUAUGAAAAUUAAAACACAUUGUUUUGUCAUAGUGUACAAUGCAACUGCAAGGCUCCCAAAUGCCACUUUGGACUAAUUUCACAGAAUCACAAUUUUUACUUUUACUUACCAAGAAAUUGUUUGCUCUUGUAUUUUAAGAAGUGUUUUUUUUAAUCUUUGUACACAAGCAACACUUUAACUGCUUCAGACAUUCAUGCAAGUUAAUACAUUGAUUUGCUCGUUUAUUUUCUUUCUACUUAAUGGAACAAAUACUGCAUUGUUUGACCCAUUUACUUGGCAUUAUCUGUUUAAUUUGCACAGAAAAUAACAUUUUUAAGAACAGAUAGAAAAUGGUUUAUAAAAGUAUUUGUAGACAAUAAAAAGACAAAGGAAUAGACAAUCUUUUUGUACUAUACCCGUGCUAUAAAAAAAAAGAAAAAAAAAAAGUGACCGUUCUUUCUCUAACAAAACUUUUAGCCUGAGCAUGGAGUCUGGAUGCUGUGGCCUUCCUGUUUCUUUGUCGUCAUUGUGUUAACUUACCCAAAAUACUUUAUAAUGCACAUGGACUAACAUUUCCCAAAAACUUUUUUAGCAAAAAAUUCUUACCAUGUGCUAUUUGUGCACAAUUAAAAAAUGGCAAUCGCAUUCUCUUUUAUAACCUACCUUCUAUGAGCUGGUUUCCAUUUUACUUCAAUUUCCAAUGGUAUUUUUCUCACGAGAAGAAAAACAAAAUGGAUGAAUUCCUACCCAAUCAACCCUAGUUUUGUGUAAAUUUUGUAUUUGUUGUGGCCCAGUGCCUUGAGUAAGCUAAAAUAUGCUAAGCUUAUGUAGUAGUAUUUCUCAUUUCAGUAGAGAAAAAGUUAUUAUAAAACACUUUAUGAAAUAGUUGGGUCCAAGAAAUGUCUGCUCUCCUUUUCCCCACUUUGGUCCAGUGAGAUUGUUGGUUUGUAUUUGAAAAUUAUACAUAAACUAAAACACCUUUCACAUUCUGUAGUGAAAUGACUCCAUUGCAAAAGGCUUAGAUUUUGCCAUUUUAAGUGGGUCUAAUGUGAUAAGGCAGUUAUACAAAUUGAAUUGGAUGUAAAUUUGCAUUUAUUUUGGAAACUAUCGCUUGUUGUUUUCACAUGAUACAUUUAGAAUAUUCAACUUUUUGGUAGCUUUUAUUUUUACUAUUUAAGUUUGGAAACGAUGCCAAAUUUUUUUGUAUUUCUUUAAUCAAUGUGUUUUCUUCAGUGGCACAUCAUAUACAUAUAUACAUAUAUGUAUAUGUAUGCAUAAAAUGGGAUACAAAUCUUAGCCUUUACAUACUAUAUAUAGCCUCAAAUGAGAGUUCCCAAGCAGUGAUAACUUGGUGUUGUGAUGUACAGAAAUGGAGAAAAGUAUUAAACCAUAUUUAAGAAUA